AUGCUGCGCCCGCUGCUGCUCGCCGCGCUCUGCCUGGCCGGCCGCCCCGCGCCCGCCCGCGCCUGCCAGCUGCCCUCCGACUGGAGGCCCCUGAGCGAGGGCUGCCGCGCGGAGCUGGCCGAGACCAUCGUGUACGCCAAGGUGCUGGCGCUGCACCCCGAGGAGCCCGGCCUCUACAACUACCUGCCCUGGCAGUACCACGCCGGCCAGGGGGGGCUCUUCUACUCGGCCGAGGUCGAGAUGCUGUGCGACCAGGCGUGGGGCAGCAUGCUGGAGGUGCCCGCCGGCUCCAGGCUCAACCUCACCGGCCUGGGCUACUUCUCCUGCCACUCCCACACCGUGGUCCAGGACUACUCCUAUUUCUUCUUCCUCAGGAUGGAUGAAAAUUAUAACCUCUUGCCUCAUGGAGUCAAUUUCCAAGAUGCCAUCUUUCCAGAUACACAGGAAAACAGGAGGAUGUUUUCCAGCCUUUUCCAGUUCUCUAACUGUUCCCAAGGGCAGCAGCUGGUGGCUUUCUCCAGUGACUGGGAGAUCCAGGAAGACAACAGGCUCAUGUGCUCCUCGGUGCAGAAGGCGCUGUUUGAAGAGGAAGACCAUGUCAAGAAGCUGCAGCAGAAGGUGGCCACGCUGGAGAAGCGGAACAGGCAGCUCCGCGAGCGGGUGAAGAAGGUCAAGAGGUCUUUGCGGCAGGCGAGGAAGAACGGCCGCCACCUGGAGCUGGUGAACCAGAAACUCAGCGAGAAGCUGGCGGCAGUGGCGGGCACGCUGCCGCACAUCAACGCCCUGGGGCGGGAGCCCGCGCGCGCCCCCUACCUGCGGGGAUAGCGGGGCGCAGAGCGCUGUGGGGGCCCUGCCUUUCUCGGUGGGAAUUAGGGAUGACGCGGCUUUUCUACGUGCACCUAUUUCAAACCUUGUAGGAGAUGUUCUGUUAUGCAUUCGGUAGAGUCUAACUGGAUAAAGCGUCCAUUCUUGCUUUCCCCUGGGGUGCUGGCCCUAACAUGAGAUCCCAUGUGCUGGCGUGACCCCAAAUACGGUGUCUGAAGUCCAGAGGCAGCAGGAUCCCCGGGGGCUGUGUGCUUCCCCAGAAUCUGACCUCAGCUUCUUGGGUGGAGGCAGUCUGGAAAGUGCCCGGGGUGGGGAGAAAACAUUUUAAAAUCUCAGUGUAGAAAGCAUCAAGUGGGUUCAGUCUUUAUUUCAGAAGAGAGUCAGCUUCUAGGUCCAGGACAAGCAUGAGUCCCAAGGAGGGAUCUAAAGCAAGUCCUGGAAGCUUCUGGUGCCCCCUUGUCCCGAUCUAUGGAAGUAGGAUGCCUAAUUGCAAAUGUGCAGGGCAUCCCUGCUCCGGGCAGCAUUCUACUGGCAGCUGAGGCAGCUUAUUAGUUAAUGAGCUCAUCACAGGUCAGGGAAUUGAGUCCAGAGUGGGGUAGCAGGCGAUUAAACAAGAUGAACUAUACCUGAUACCCAACACCAAGCUCCGCGGGAUUGACGAUAAUACCAACAGAUUACUUGACUCCAGAGGGCAAUUGCCUUUAUGGGCCCACCAUGUUCCAUCAGCCUGCACUCCCAAAUUGGAAUUUGGCUUGGCCACUGAAUUUCCAACCUCUUGUUUGCUCAGUAAUUGCUUCUAAUGUCUCUGAGUUUCAAGUGAGCUGCCCCAAUACACUGUGAACUGUUCUGCAAAGACACCCCUUCACCUAUUGAGAUCGGGCAACCUUACCUCAUUCCCAAACAGGCUCUCAAAGGGCUUUCUGCAGGCAUUCCAACUUCUGCUUCUUUCUGAAAAUUUACCCUCCCCCCCCCCCCCCCCCCCCCAACAACAACAACA